AUGGCGUGCGGGUCGAUCGUGUACUCGCUGAUUGCAAGAGAGACGGUUAUCCUCGCCGAAUAUGCAGCAGGGACUGGAAACUUUGCCAGCGUCACCCGCAAGAUCCUGGAGAAGCUGCCGGGAAGCGACAGCAGGAUGUCUUACGUGUGCGACCGUCACAUCUUUCACAUCAUGGUGUUUGACGGUCUGACAUACAUGUGCAUGGCUGAAGAGGACUUCGGGCGGCGUGUAGCCUUUUCCUUCCUGGAGGAUAUCAAGAACAAGUUCCAGAGCUCCUGCGGGAGCCAGGCAAAGACAGCUCUAGCAUACGCGUUCAACGAGGAGUUCAGUCGCGUGCUCUGCAAGCAGAUGGAGUACUUCUCGUCCAGUGGUGAGAUGGACAAGAUCGACAAGGUGAAGGCGGAGAUGGACGACGUCAAGAAUGUCAUGGUGGACAACAUCGAGAAAGUUCUGAAGCGCGGGGAGAAGAUCGAGCUGCUGGUGGACAAGACGGACAACCUGAACCAGCAGAGUAUCAGGUUCAAGAAGCACAGCUCUCAGCUGAAGCAAGCCAUGUGGUGGCAGAACGCCAGAAUGAUGAUCUUUGUGGGUGUAGUCGUUGCUGUUGUGUUGGCGAUUCUGAUCUACUCAAUGAGCGGCCAUUGA